AUGACAGAACUUUUCAUUAGUGGUCUGGAAGACCCAUACCCUGCUUUGUUUGGAGAUGCCAGGUGGACAAGUGACAUACCCACCGCCUUACGAGUACCUGAUGUGGAGUCACACUUUGCGUGUGCUCGGGUUAGGAAGCAGUUCGCUGGGACCUUGUCGGAUGGUUUGGGAAAGACAAUGGAUAACAGACACCAGACAGAACGAGAAUACAUUCGCUACCAUGCUGCAACGAGCGGAGAACAUUUUGUAGCCGGAAUCCAAGGACUUGCACAUGGUAUCAUUGGAGGCCUGACAAGUGUCAUAACUUCAACGGUCGAAGGCGUGAAAACUGAAGGAGGUGUCAGUGGCUUCAUAUCGGGCCUUGGGAAGGGGCUGGUGGGCACAGUAACCAAACCUGUGGCUGGAGCUCUGGAUUUCGCAUCGGAAACUGCACAGGCAGUGAGGGACACUGCGACUCUGAGCGGCCCCAGGACACAAGCAGAGAGAGUGAGAAAGCCACGCUGCUGUCGAGGACCUCAAGGGCUCUUGCCCUGCUAUUUAGAAAGUCAAGCAGAAGGACAGGAACAGCUCUUCAAACUGACUGACAACAUCCAAGAUGAGUUCUUCAUAGCAGUAGAAAACAUAGGCGGCUGUUGUGUUCUCAUUUCAUCCAAAGCCGUUUAUUUCCUGAAAAAUGGCGAUUACACGGUCCACGAGGCCAUGUUCCUAGAAGUCAAGUAUGAUGAUCUCUACCACUGCCUGGUUUCCAAAGACCACGGGAACGUGUACAUACAGCUGACCAGGAAAGCUGUCAAUACAAGCAGUGGCGUGGCAAUGCCAGGCCCCUCGCAACAGAAGCCAAUGGUGAAAGUGAAAUCGGAAGUUCUUGCAGUAAAGCUAUCUCAAGAAAUAAACUAUGCAAAGAGCCUUUACUAUGAACAACAGCUUAUGUUAAGACUCAGUGAAAAUCAGGAACAAUUAGAGCUGGACUCUUGAAACAUCUUCCUUACUGCCAGAGUGAACUGCAAGUAUCAGUCUGGAGCUGAUGGUAUUUCAUAACUACAGAAAGUACUACAUGGGAAGGAGAUAAAUAUGAUUUGGUAUGUAGUUAAAUGGAACCAUUGUCCAUGAGAAAGCAAGCGAGGUGGGCUUUUUUUUUUUGAAUCAUUAGUUGUAUAUCAAAGAUAUAGCUGCAAUGCACUUGGUUCCGGGAGAAGCCCUGUAUUUUGCUAACAUGUAUAUAUGUAAAAGUGUUUCAUGUAAAUAAGAAAGUAAAGACCAGGGUGUUGGUAUAAAUAAAAGUCUGUUUACUGUGUAAAGAAAUUAAAGGAGCUAUACUGAGUCUUACUGCA